GUGUAAUGCAAGUCACAACAUAGUCUAUAGUCUGAUUUCAAAAUUGAAGGCAGCGGCAAAUUUGAAAGAAAGCCGCGUCUACCGUUUGUCGGUAUGGACGGGAGACCGGUAGUGGCGCGACAGGAAAUAUUUUAAGCUAGGUUCUCACGCGGCAAGAAGACAGCGUGGCACGCUUGCGAUUUUGCUGUCGUGAAUCUUGGCUGGAGUGGAGGAUGAAACGUAAACCAGCAGCAGUCGUGCCCGGUUCACAUGGUUCACAAUUCAGUUUCGGUUAAUUCCUUGGAGCUGACUAUGGCGGAACAUGUGGUUGAAAGUUGUGAGGUGUUGAGUUCGGUUUUAAAUGCGAUGGUAGCAAAAAGGCUAAGAAAGUUAUGUGAACAGAUGAAAAAUUGGAAGAAUAAGCGUUAUUUUGUCAGAAAGUAGAUGGAUUCAAGGAGAAACUCGGGGAUCACAAAAGUUCCGUGAGGAUCUUAAAAAUUUGCUGCGCAUGUCUAAGGAUGAGUUUGAUUUUCUCUUAGAACGUGUUUCUCCUCACAUUACGUGGUUAUGCCUGGCUACCGAUUGUCGUGUCCACGCCCGAAAAUCAAACGUGUUUGAUGACGUCAGAAACAAGUUUACGACACCUCGUUCAGGCAGAGGCAAUUCCACGCAAGCAAGACUCACGCUAGCGUGCCACGCCUCGUGAGAACGGAGCUUCAUAAUGGGUUUGACAUCCUACUGAAAGUAGAUAUGUAGUAGAAUUUCAUGUUUAAAGAUGUACAGUAAAGACAUUUCUCACAUGUUCUGAUGUAACCGUUCGUGCCUGAAUUCGCAUCGGCGAAAUGCGAUUGUCAAAGGAUUAGUGGUUUUCCCAGAUAGUCGUAGAUUUGCCGUGCUUUUUGGACGUUUUCGAGUAACAUCUAAGUUAUAAUCACACAGUUUUACGUCAUUGAACGUAUGACUGAUGAGAUGGUAUAGACGGCAAGCAGGCUCGCCGCACCGGUACCAGCGGCCCCCUGGGUGAGCUGUUCGAUCAUGGUCUCGAUUCCUACACUGCCGGUCUCAUUCCAUCCGCCAUCUACUCCAUCUUCGGCAGGGGGCCCACGUACAGCAUCGUACCCUUUCGCAUGUUCUUCACUAUGUGGAACGUACUGAUGAACUUCUAUCUCUCGCAUUUCGAAAAGUACAACACGGGUGUACUUUUCUUGCCGUGGGGAUACGACUUCUCCAUGUGGGGGACCAUCAUCACAUUCUUCAUUACAGGGAUCUUCGGAUCCGACAUGUGGCACUUCCGCAUUGGCAGCUUCAACGCGGGCAAUAUAUUCGAGAUGCUGUUGUACGUCUCGUCACUCAUAUCAAACGUACCGGUUGUGAUGUACAACAUUUACCUUUCCUACAAGAACAAAACGGGCCAUAUGAGGCCGUUCAGCGAAGCAGUGCGACCUCUAGUCUCCGUUGGCUUGUUCUUCUUGGUUACUCUAGUCUGGGUUCUGUACUCACCAUGUAACAUUGUCGAAAAAGACGCCAGAGCUCUCUUCUUUUUGAUGGGGACAAUUUUUUCUAAUAUUUCUUGCCGUCUGAUAGUUGCUCAGAUGAGCCACACCAGGUGUGAGAUCUUCAACUGUCUAUUAAUUCCUACCUCAGUGGUUGUUGGUAUUGCGGUUGUCACCAGGCUACAAACGUUAGAACUGUUUUUAACGUAUGCGCUGUGUGUAGUUGCAACAUUAACGCAUCUGCAUUACGGAACAUCAGUGGUAAGACAAAUGUGUAAGCACUUCAAAGUAAAUUGCUUCACACUAAAGGAUCGCACGGAUUGACUCCUUGCCGACAACGCAUGAGAAUGUGUUGUCUCUCGGAGCCACCCUCAGGAGGUGUUAUUAUUUAUGAUCCAUACCACUUGUUGUAUAUAUUUUGUAUAAUUUGGACUUACUAGUGUAACUUUUUGUUGUUGUGUGCUGAGGGUGCGUACAGAGAUCUGCCUAGUUAUUUUUAUGCUAUGAUUUUUGUAAUGAAUUCUAAAAGACUUUUUUAUCCUCUAUUUUGUGCCAGUAUGCAUUGUAGGUUUUUGUUAUGUGAAAAUAAAAUUCAUCAAUUAUA